GUUGUCGCGCGGGCCCGAUUCAUGCGGCAUGCUCGUCGACAUCGAGGAUACGGCUCGCUUGUUGAGAUUUAUGAUCCGGCGAUGGAUACUUGGGAGCUGGGGCCGCCUUUGCCGGCCGAGUUUAGGUCGGGGAAUUCGUCGCAAUGGAUUUGCUCUGCGAUGAUGGAGGAUUCGCUGUUCUUCGUGUUUGGGAUCUUUUCAAGUAUUUUAUCGGCGUUUGAUCUGAGAACGAGAUCUUGGAGCAGAGUUGAAAUUGUUCGGCCGCCUGGGGUUUCGUUCUCCUUCUUAAUCGCCCGCAGAGAUCGACUGGUGCUUGCAGGGCUUUGCAAUGCGAAUCUCGUUCUCUGGGACGUCAACUAUAAGAGCUUCGCUUACAAAAGAAUUGGCGAGAUGCCAAGAGAUUUAAUGGUUUGUUUGUUCGAAAGUGAAGAUGAUGAUGCGAAAUUUGCGAGCUUGAAGUGUGUAGGGCUCGGUGGGUUGAUUUACGUGUUCAACGAGGAUCACCAUAGAGGUUACCCAGCUUGUGUCUGUGAGAUUGGAGAUGAUUCUGUUUGCAAAUGGAGGAAAGUGCCACCAUUGCCGGGACCUGUGAAUAGAUUUCACAAGGUGAUUGCUUUCUGCUCUGGGGUUUCAUUGCACCCUGUUGUUGCUGAUGAUUGGUAGAUUGAUUUCAAAAUAAAGUGGGUAAGUUGCAGAGAACCCCCCUCGUCCAUAUUUUCAUUAGCACUUAAUUGCUACUCAGCUAUUUUAUAUUAGUAUAUAACGCCCUUAUAUCGAUGCUUCUAGAGAAAUAAAAUAGCUGAGGAGUGAUAAUUGGCUAAAGAUAUAGUUGAGCGGGUUCUUUGCAAUUUACCCAAGUUGGUAUAUUAUUGAGGUGAGAAGUUACUAAUAUCCACGGCUGUAAUUCGUAAAUGUUGUAAUUGUUUGUGCAAUAUAGUUUUCUAGUUACCGCAUAGAAGAAAAUUUUUGUGUGACAAAUGCAUGUGGAAUUGGAUAAAUUAGACGAAAAGGUGGGGACAAUGAAA